AUGACAGGAAAGUUUGAGUCCGACAACAAACUACUGAACCGUUUGUGGCUAAACGUGUUGUGGAGUCAAACGGGAAACAUAUGGUCCAUACCUCACGACUGUCCCCAAAGAGAUGAGCGCCUGGGAUGGACGGGUGACUCCGGGAUCUUCGUUCAGACGGCCAGUUAUAACGCCGAUGUUUCCGGUAUUUAUAGCAAAUGGCUCCGAGAUCUGAGGGAAGCCCGUCGUAAUGGCGGCCACUUCUCAAACGUGGCGCCCAGACUGGUAUCACCAGAUGAUGGGGCGCCGGCAUGGGGUGAUGCGGGCAUUAUAGUCCCCUAUUAUAUAUGGCAUAUGUUUGGAGACAAACAGAUACUUGAAGUCAGUUACGAGUCCAUGAAGACAUGGAUUGAAUUUAUACAAAAAGCUAAUCCUAACUACUUGUGGACCAAAAGUGUUUUCAGCGAUUGGGGCGAUUGGUUGCAAAUCAACGCCCAAACACCCAAAGAUGUGUUCGACACCUCAUACUUUGGUUACGACGCCCUCCUUAUGACCCAAAUGGCCGGUGCUCUCAACCGUACGGAUGACGUGAAGUUUUACACUGAAUUGCAUACAAAUAUCUCGAAUGCCUUCACAAAAGCAUUUGUCAACACAACUGACGGCAAAAUCAAAGGCGACACUCAAGCCGUGUAUGUAUUGGCCCUCACUUUUGAAUUACUGCCACAAAACCUGAGACCACUUGCGGUCAACCAUUUGGUCGACAAUAUUAAGGCUCACGACUACCACUACACCACUGGAUAUAUUAGUGUCAAUUUUGUCAAUGAAGUGCUCGUCAAAUAUGGGCACAGGGAUGUGGCGUAUAAAUGCUUAUUACAGGAGUCAUUCCCUUCGUGGGGGUAUGAAAUAGCACAUAACGCCACCGGAAUGUGGGAGCACUGGGACUCAUGGACUGAGGACAAGGGGUUUAUGGACCCCGGGAUGAACUCAUUCAAUCACUACAGUCUGGGAACUAUCGGCAGAUUUAUAUACCAAUACGUGGCCGGUAUUGACACCGACGACCAAAUGGUGGGC